AUGUCAACAACAACAAAUAUUCAAUUAAAUAAUUUAACAGCAAUUUCACCAAUUGAUGGUAGAUAUUGGGGACAAGUUCAGGUAUUAAGUGAAUAUUUUUCAGAGUAUGCAUUAAUUAAAUAUCGUGUUCAAGUUGAAAUUGAAUAUUUCAUUGAAUUAAGUAAACUUUCAGAAUUGAAACCAUUGAAUGCAGUUAAUAAGGAAGAUGAUCAUAAGAAACUUAGAGAUAUUUAUUUACAAUUUAAAGAGAGUGAUGCACAAAAGAUUAAACAAAUUGAAAAAACCACAAAUCAUGAUAUAAAAGCAGUUGAAUACUUUAUCAAGGAGAAAAUGCAUACAGAAUUACAAUAUAGUGAAGUUGUUACAGAGUUUAUUCAUUUCGGACUUACAUCACAAGAUAUCAACAAUACAGCCAUACCAUUAUCAAUCGUUGAAUCAGUUGAGAAAGUAUUAAUUCCACAAUUGAAACAAUCAAUCUUGGAACCAUUGCGUCAAUUUGCUCAACAAUGGAAAUCAAUUCCAAUGUUGGCACGUACCCAUGGCCAACCAGCCACACCAACCACCGUCGGUAAGGAGCUAAUGGUUUUCAUCGAACGUUUAGAGAACCAAAUCAAUCAUUUGGAACAAUCUGUACCACAUACUUGUAAAUUUGGUGGUGCAACAGGUAAUUUGAACGCACAUAAAGUUUCAUAUCCAGCUAUUGAUUGGGUGGUAUUCAGCGAGAAAUUUGUUAAAGUUUUACAUCCAUCUUUGAAACGUAUGCGUUUUACCACCCAAAUUGAGCAUUACGAUAAUGUUGCCUCCCUUUUGGACGCUUUCAAACGUAUUAAUACAAUUCUCAUCGAUUUAUGUCGUGACAUUUGGACCUACAUCUCUAUGGAGUAUUUCAAUCAAAAAUUGGUCAAAGGUGAAGUCGGUAGUAGUACUAUGCCUCACAAGGUAAAUCCAAUCGAUUUUGAAAAUGCCGAAGGUAAUAUGGGUGUAGCCAAUGCACUCUAUGAACAUUUAUCCGCUAAAUUACCAAUCUCCCGUCUUCAAAGAGAUUUAACCGACUCAACUGUACUCCGUUCUAUUGGUGUACCUUUCUCACAUUCUAUCCUCUCCUUUAAAUCAAUUCAACGUGGUCUCUCAAAAUUAGUACUCAAUGAAGCAAAUAUUGCAAAAGAUCUCGAUGCAAAUUGGGCUGUAGUUAGUGAAGCAAUUCAAACUAUCCUUCGUCGUGAAGGUUUCCCAAAACCAUAUGAAGCCUUAAAAGAAUUAACUCGUGUUAGUGGUAGUAAAAAAAUUACUGAAUCUGAUAUUCAAACUUUUAUCGAUUCUUUAUCAAUUCCUGAUGAUAUUAAAUCUGAAUUAAAACUUAUUACUCCUUUUAAUUAUAUUGGUAUUAUUCCUGAUUUUUAA